CAGUGGCAUGGUGAGAUCGAAACCUAGGAAACCGCGCAGCAGGAGGAUGAGCGGCGGCGCUCCCAGGAAGAAGGCGGAGAUGUGGAGUGCACAUGAGCAUAGUCAAUUCUUGCGUGGUCUUGAAAAGUGCGGGAAGGGGAAGUGGAAGACAAUGGCACGGGAGUUCGUGAAGACGAAGAGCCCCAUCCAGAUUGCGAGCCACUACCAGAAGUUCUGCAUCAGGGAAGAGAGCAGGAGGCUCAACCAGUGCAAGCGAACCAGCAUCCACGACAUCACCGAGCCGACGACGCCGGCGCCGGAGACCACGCCUGCAGCUGCCACCGCCGCCGGUCCGAGUGCACCUGCUGCACUCCCUGAUCACAAGUUUGUGUGCUAAUUGUUAGGAAACAAACCUGACCGUGCGCAUUCCGGUCAAUCCAAGAUUUCAGAAACUUGUGUGCGUGGUAGUAGUGCCGGCGUAAUGCUCCGGAUCAAGUAGGUUAGGUUUUUGAGUUAAUCCAAGAUUUUUCUUAUCAACAACAGCUUAUAAAUAGUCUAGUAGCUAUUCCCUGUAAGUGUGUGUUCUAGUUCUUUUGAUGAAUAGAAAAACCCAGAAAAUUGCCCCAAAAAUUCU